UCUUCCUAGAACCCUAGAACUCUUAAUUGUGCUUUGUGAAAACUUUCUUUAUUUUGUACAUGGUGAUUUCAAUCGUUGGCGUUUUGAAGUUCAUUUUUCUUUUCUUUUUUUUUCUUUUUUAUGGAUUGGAUGCGGGAAUUGCUUUUCUGACAUUUAUAUUGCAUCUCCAAUGCCUCUUCGUCUCCUUUGUUUUCUUUUGUGGACAUAUCUUUUUUGAGAUUCUGAUGCUUCGGAUAUCUUGUUUACAGGAUUGCUUGGUACGAUUUGAAUAAGUGAUGAUCGGCAAUUAAUUAAAGAUGGGCAUAUACCUCAGCGCCCCGAAAACAGAGAAGGCCUCUGAUGAUGGUGAGAAUGACAGUCUUCGCUACGGGUUGUCUUCCAUGCAGGGAUGGCGUGCUACCAUGGAAGAUGCUGUAAAGCUGUUGCUAAAUUUUGUGCCAAAUAUCUGCACCGACAGGUUCUUAAGAAUGAAGCUUAUGUAGCUGGAGAUGUAGGCACAUCUUUGCGGAAAACUUUUCUCAGAAUGGAUGAGAUGAUGCGUGGACAAAGAGGGUGGAGAGAAUUGGCAGUCUUGGGAGAUAAUAUAGAAAAGUUAUCUGGCAUGCUGGAGGGCUUUAUAUGGUCUCCCAGAGGAGGUGAAGGCAAUGACCAUUCUGAUGAUUGGGUUCAUGAGGAGGGGCCACAUUCUGAUUUUACUGGACCAAACUCUGGAUGCACAGCUUGUGUGGCAGUCAUUCGAGGCAACCGACUUGUGGUUGCAAAUGCUGGUGAUUCUCGCUGUGUAAUAUCAAGGAAGGGCCAGGCACAUAAUUUAUCUAAAGACCACAAGCCUGACCUUGAAGUUGAGAGAGAGAGAAUUCUAAAAGCUGGUGGUUUCAUACAAGUUGGGCGAGUUAAUGGAAGUCUAAAUUUGGCCAGAGCAAUUGGAGACAUGGAAUUCAAGCAAAACAAGUUUUUACCUGCUGAAAAGCAGAUCGUGACCGCUGAUCCAGACAUAACUUCUGUUGAACUUUGCGAUGAUGAUGAAUUUCUGGUAAUAGCUUGUGACGGGAUAUGGGAUUGCAUGUCUAGCCAACAGCUUGUGGAUUUUAUACAUUCACAGUUGAAGACGGAGGAAAAACUCUCGGCAGUUUGCGAGAAAGUAUUUGAUCGGUGCUUAUCACCCACAGCCGGCGGCGAGGGAUGUGACAACAUGACCAUGAUCUUGGUUCAGUUCAAAAGGCCUUCAAGUCCUGAUGAUUCCAUUGUGGACAAGUCUCCAUCAUCAGCUCAACCAUCCAAGGAUGAUGAGAGUUCAAAUCACCCAUCUAAUGGCGAAAGAAGUUUAGACCAACCAGUCUAGUUUCAAACUUCCAAGGCUGGUAAAAGUUUAUCAGAAUCAAAGCGAGAAAGAAUUUUAGGCCCAAGUGAGGCCAGAUGGUCUGCAAUUUGUUGAAGCAACCGAGAGAAGGAAGAAGAGUGAUUUUCAAUCCAGAAAUGAAAUCAUGAUGUUGUUUCUCAAAAGCGAAUUGUAUGUUUUAAUUCUUCUGUUUAUUAUUGGCUUUUGUACAUAGGCUUUGAUGUUUAGAAUACCGAAUGGCAAAAAAAGAGGGGGGAGGGUGUUUGGGGUUGUUGAGCAGGCCUGACAGGGAGCAGUUUCAAGGAUGAUUGAAGUUAUCUUUAGGAAAUUCAAUCACUUGAGGGGCUUUAAUUCUGUGUCUUUUCCCCUUCAAAUGAAUACGUAAAAGUAAGGCCUGGAGCCAUAAGAUGUUGGUCUAAGCCAUGGAGGUGAACUUGGCAAAGGAUUAUGAUGUUUUCUGCAUUCACUUUCUUUGUGAACUUAAAACAUCAUGUACGCUAUUGAUUGCAUUUGUGUCAACCACAUGUUCAUUUGAUGUCCUAAUUUUAUAUGAUAAUGAUAAUGAAACUUCUAGCUA